AUGUCGUCUCUAUCAGCCGUUGAUACAGAAGGCCGCCCAAACGGCAUGUCGCCUGGCCUUGUACUCGUCUUCGGCUGCGAAGCCGGCCCAACACGGUCCUUUGGAGUAGAAGCGGACAAGCGUGCCAUCAUCUCCCAGCAUGUUUCUGCCACGACCGUGGCAACCGCUACUGCUGCCCGCGGCCAGGCCAUUGUCCCUACUCUUCCCUCUCUCCUCCAGGACCAAAUCGCAGCAGCGGUUUCCCAGAGCGAAAUUUCAAAACCCGGCCAUGUCGUGACAAAGAUUGGGGCCGUCCUCGAGCCCGUCGCUAUCCAGAUACUCUCGAAUAUGCUCUCAAACAGAGAGUGGACCUGCGUCGUCGACAUGGAAGAAGAACGGCUCCCUGCAUCACACAGCGAAGCCAUGACGCAGUUUCGGACGCUCAUCCUCCCGCACGCCACCGUUCUCUGCACAUCCGUCGACGAGGCCCUCGCGCUCCUCGACGAUGCCGGCGCGCCGGUCCCACAUCCGCGUGGCAUCCCCGAUAUCCAGCUCAUCGGGAUCGCUCUGCGCCAUCUCGGCCCGGAAUACGUCGUCAUCAAGCAGGAGUUUCUCGAUGAGGACGAGCAGACAACGACGCUACUGUACGUGCUGUGCGGGCCGCAGGAGAAGCCCACGUACGACCGACUGCGCUGCGCAAACCCAGGUUUGGUGGUCGGAGCAAGUUUUUCUAUUCCUUCUGCCAUCGCGGCAAGACUGGCAAAAGGCGAUGAUGUGCCCGAGGCAGUGUCCGCAGCUUUCGAGCAUGUAAAGAGUAUGAUUGAACGGGGCAUGAUUCCCGAUGAUAGGGGAUCCAAAAAGAGCGAUAUAUGCAUCUACCAGGAGUCCUCUUGA